AUGGCUUCGCAUCCCACUCGACUGGAUGCCGUCUGUGAGGCGGUGCAUGGGGACUUCGCGUCGUGUGGGGCGGCAAGUUUACAAGAGCUUUGUAGGCAAGUGCGCCUGCUGCGCGCCAACGUACAGCGCCUGGCAUUCGAGCAGAUACCGUCGCUCGAUGUGGACAUAACGGCCCUUCAGGAGCCGCACCUCCACCUAUCAAUGCGCACGAACCUCCGCGCGGUCGUGGAGGGAAACGUGUCGACACCAGGAAAUGCCAUUGUCGGUGCCGAGUCACUUCUCUCGCACUGCAAGCAGCUGACUACAGACUGCGCGCGUGGGUCGCACAGGCUGCCGGACAAACAGCGCCUCCCAACAACCAUGUACGCUGUGGGCUACACGCCCCACUAUCACCAGAGAAACCUUCCCUCAUUCGGGUCCACAGAAUCAACGGAAAGAGGCACGAUUGAAAAGCAAUCGCAGCAAAGAACUCCGUCCGCGCAACGCACGCAAACCAAAAGCUCAAUCCAGGAAAAGGAAACUGCUUCUCGUGAGACGUUACAACAGCUUUCAAGCGAAAAAUCAAAACAGACUCAGCCGUUUUUGGCAAAUAAGCAACUCCAAACACGACAACCUACAGAACACACAAGAGAUAUUAAACCAUCGCCUUUUGGACAGGCCGCCACGGGAAGUAAAGCGGCGCCGUUUGGACAGAGCGUGACUGGCGAUAAAGCAGCGCCCUUUGGACAGGCCGCGACGGGCGAUAAAGCAGCGCCCUUUGGACAGGCCGCGACGGGCGGCACGCCACAAACACCGGCGUUUGGACAAGCUGUGGUGGGCGAUAAGGCAGCGCCCUUUGGACAGGCCGCGACGGGCGGCACGGCC